AUGGGGAUUAGCCACACUCUGAGCAUCUCAUUACAUCCUUUAGGAACUCAGUCAAGCACGGACUCUCCCUGCGGACCCGGACUCUCCCUGCGGGCCCGGACUCUUUCUGCGGACCCGGACUCUCACUGCGGACCCGGACUCUCACUGCGGACCCGGACUCUCACUGCGGACCCGGACUCUUUCUGCGGACCCGGACUCUUUCUGCGGACCCGGACUCUCCCUGCAGACCUGGACUCUUUCUGCGGACCCGGACUCCUUCUGCGGACCCGGACUCUCGCUGCGGACCCGGACUCUCGCUGCGGACCCGGACUCUCGCUGCGGACCCGGACUCUCGCUGCGAACCCGGACUCUCCCUGCGGACCCGGUCUCUCGCUGCGGACCCGGACUCUCGCUGCGGACCCGGACUCUCCCUGCGGACCCGGUCUCUCGCUGCGGACCCGGACUCUCCCUGCGGACCCGGACUCUCGCUGCGGACACGGACUCUCGCUGCGGACCCGGACUCUCUCUGCGGACCCGGACUCUCGCUGCGGACCCGGACUCUCUCUGCGGACCCGGACUCUCGCUGCGGACCCGGACUCUCGCUGCGGACCCGGACUUCACUACGGACCCGGACUCUCCCUGCGGACCCGGACUCUCACUGCAGACCUGGACUCUUUCUGCGGACCCGGACUCCUUCUGCGGACCCGGACUCUCGCUGCGGACCCGGACUCUCGCUGCGGACCCGGACUCUCCCUGCGGACCCGGACUCUCGCUGCGGACCCGGACUCUCCUUGCGGACCCGGACUCUCGCUGCGGACACGGACUCUCUCUCUGCGGACCCGGACUCUCGCUGCGGACACGGACUCUCGCUGCGGACCCGGACUCUCCCUGCGGACCCGGACUCUCACUGCAGACCCGGACUCUCGCUGCGGACCCGGACUCUCCCUGCGGACCCGGACCCCUCUCUGCGGACCCGGACUCUCCCUGCGGACUCCGGACUCUCCCUGCGGACCCGGACCCUCUCGCUGCGGACACGGACUCUCGCUGCGGACCCGGACCCUCUCUGCGGACCCGGACUCUCUCUGCGGACCCGGACUCUCUCUGCGGACCCGGACUCUCUCUGCGGACCUGGACUCUCUCUGCAGACCUGGACUCUCUCACAGAACUUUUGUUUAUUGCCCGAACCCGGACUCUCGCUGUGGACCCGGACUCUCGCUGUGGACCCGGACUCUCGCUGUGGACCUGGACUCUCGCUGUGGACCUGGACUCUCGCUGUGGACCCGGACUCUCGCUGUGGACCUGGACUCUCGCUGUGGACCCGGACUCUCGCUGUGGACCCGGACUCUCGCUGUGGACCUAGACUCUCGCUGUGGACCCGGACUCUCGCUGUGGACCCGGACUCUCGCUGUGGACCUGGACUCUCGCUGUGGACCUGGACUCUCGCUGUGGACCCGGACUCUCGCUGUGGACCCGGACUCUCGCUGUGGACCUAGACUCUCUCUGCGGACCCGGACUCUCGCUACUCUCUCUGCGGACCCGGACUCUCGCUGUGGACCCGGACUCUCGCUGUGGACCUGGACUCUCGCUGUGGACCUGGACUCUCGCUGUGGACCCGGACUCUCGCUGUGGACCCGGACUCUCGCUGUGGACCUAGACUCUCUCUGCGGACCCGGACUCUCGCUGUGGACCCGGACUCUCGCUGUGGACCCGGACUCUCGCUGUGGACCUAGACUCUCUCUGCGGACCCGGACUCUCGCUGUGGACCCGGACUCUCGCUGUGGACUCUCGCUGUGGACCCGGACUCUCGCUGUGGACCCGGACUCUCGCUGUGGACCCGGACUCUCCCUGCAGACCCGGACUCUCCCUGCAAACCCGGACUCUCCCUGCAGACCCGGACUCUCCCUGCAGACCCAGACUCUCGCUGCAGACCCGGACCAGGACUCUGGACAAACCUCUAAGCCUGAUCAUGUUUCAUUAUUUUGA